AUGCCAGUUUCUAGUGAUGCAGCCUCACGACGUCGCCAAACGAGACUUCGACGCGAAUACAUCUACCGCAAAACUCUCGAAGGACGCGAAAAAGUUGCCUACGAACAAAAGCGUAUCAUUCGAGAAGCACUUGCUGAAGGCAAACCUCUUCCCACUGAAGUUCGAGCCACUUAUGAUGCGCUUCGAGGAGAAGUCGACGCUGAAGAUAUCACUACCGAAAAGCCAAAAUCGCACGUUGAUAAUGAAUAUGGAGAUGCUGGAUUGUUGGAACCACGGGUCUGCGUCACUACCUCCCGAGAUCCAUCCUCGCGUCUCAAACAGUUUGUCAAAGAAGUCAAACUGCUUGUGCCCAAUUCGGUCCGAAUCAAUCGGGGUAACAACCGAGUCGAUGAAUUGAUGGAAUCCUGUCGACAAUCUGAAUUCACGGAUGUAAUUAUUGUGCAAGAAACCAGAGGCGAGCCCGAUGGAUUGGUGGUAUGUCACUUGCCCAUGGGGCCUACUGCUUUCUUUAGUUUGAGUAAUUCCGUGUUGCGUCACGAUUUGGACCCACCUGCGGCACCCAUGUCCGAAGCUGUUCCGCACAUUAUUCUUCACAAUUUCAACACGGAACUGGGAAAGCGAGUGGGUAAUAUUCUAAAGUGUCUCUUUCCAGUUCCUCGACACGAUACAAAGCGAGUCAUCACUUUCGCAAACAACAAUGAUUUCAUUUCCUUCCGCCAUCACAUGUACAGCAAACCCGCGCAUGAUUCUGUCACAUUGCAUGAGGUUGGACCAAGGUUUGAAAUGAGACUGUAUCAAAUCCGGUUGGGUACGUUGGAACAAAAAGAAGCAGACAACGAAUACGUUCUGCGUCCAUAUCAAAAUACUGCAGCGAAACGCCAACUGCUUUAG